UUGUCUGUCAAAAUGUGAAAUGUCAAAUGCCAACUUUGUGUAGUAAAUAAAUAGUGAAGUGUGCUUUCUAAAUUAUACACAAGAUUUUUUUAAACAAAAGAAGUGUGCAGCUUAAGAAGAGUAUUUUUUAUUGAUUUUUCCUGGAUAUAUAGUGGCCGGUGUAUAUUUAUCUAACAAGUGGGGCGGGGAAAAGAGCUGACAAACUUGUCUUUCAAGAUGGACUAUGAGGAUGACUUCUUCUUCGAGGAGGAUAAAAUGUUCGUUCCCCAGGGUCAUAAAUAGAUGUUAUUUUCUUCGUUUGCUUGGUUGCAGUUUCAAUGUGCUUCUUUUUUUGUGUACUGUGCAUGCUACAAUACCGCGGUGCAUUGAACGAGCAGUGGUGGACAUUCAGAGUCCCAAGUUCCGAAUUCUAUGACCACCGUACCUUCAGCUAGCGUCGAAUUGCAUCAGUUGGUCAUGAUGGAAGACCGCAUACCAGAAAUUGAACUGAUCGAACUCGAUCAGUUUGAUAAGGCACCAAUGCCGCCUCAUUGUCAGAUGGGCAUGACCAUCACGUCUGGAAAUAUCGUGAUAAAAAAGGACAGCAGUAAUCUGAUUGGCAUCAGUAUUGGGGGUGGUGCUCCUCUUUGCCCUUGCCUUUACAUAGUACAAAUUUUUGAUAACACGCCGGCUGCCGUGGAUGGUACGCUCCAAGCCGGAGACGAACUUGUAGCUGUAAAUGGAGCUUCCGUUCGAGGGAAAACAAAAGUGGAGGUGGCUAAAAUGAUACAAGCUUGCGAAUCGCAAGUCAGUAUUAACUACAACAAAUUACACGCAGAUCCGAAACAAGGACACACUCUAGAUAUUGCAUUAAAAAAGGUUAAGCAUAGAUUAGUGGAAGGCAUGGGAAGCGCUACUGCUGACGCUUUAGGUUUGUCUCGAGCAAUCCUUUGCAACGAUGCACUGGUCCAAAGGCUAAUGGCUUUACAAAGAACGGAAAAUUUAUAUCGAGGUCUACUUUCCCAUGCAAAGUCGACAUUGCAUGCCUUUUUCGAUCUCACGCAAAUAUAUAAAGUGUUUGGCGACGCUUUCGCAUCGAUCGGAGUUCGAGAGCCUCAACCACGAGCCAGUGAAGCAUUCAGACAAUUUGGUGAUCAACACAGACAGAUGGAAAAAUAUGGAGUGGCUAUGUUGAAAGCUUUGAAGCCAAUUCUUAGUGACUUGGGGACAUAUCUUCACAAGGCGAUUCCAGAUACUCGUUUAACAAUCAGUAAAUAUGCGGAUGCAAAAUUCGAAUAUCUUUCCUAUUGCCUUAAAGUCAAAGAACUCGAUGAUGAGGAGCAAAGCUACGCUGCACUUCAGGAACCUUUUUAUCGUGUAGAAACGGGUAAUUACGAAUACCGUUUGAUACUUCGAUGUCGACAAGAGGCUAGAUCGAAAUUCGCAAAGCUCAGAUCGGAUGUCCUUGUGAAACUAGAACUCUUGGACAACAAGCAUGUUCAAGACGUUGUUUGGCAAUUACAGAAAUUUGCUUCGGGCUUGGCAGAAUAUUACGCCAAUACCAAAGAUUUACUCUCAUCCGAUACACUGUUUCCUGUGGAGGUGGAUUUGUCGCAAUCGGCAUUUCAGUAUAAAUCCUUUGGAUCACAAAUUUCAGUGGAGGAGGACGACUGCGAUUAUGAGGCUGAAGAGAAAAAUAGUAAUAAUGAACAGAUACUUUUAUUGGAUACACAUGAUACACCGUUAAUAUAUCCGGAUCUUAACUGACUUUAUAUUUAUUUAUAAGGUGCAAAGUCAUCUAAAAUAAAUUGUGCAAUUGAACUACCAAAGAAAAGUUAUUAAUUAUAGUUCUAAUUAAACUUGAUUAUUUCAUUUUAGCACUGCUUGUAAUGUGUACGUAUUUUAAAAUGUUUAUUAUGUUAAUUAGCAUCAAGAGAACAUUUAUUCCAUGUUGUAUAGAAUAUGUUGUAUUUUUAUCGUGGUUUAAUCAUAUCUAUGAAAUUAUAUAUGUUUCUGAAAAAUAAAAGUUGAUUUGUG